UAUAUUCAUCACAAUAUUUGAUUCGAAGCAACGUGUGUGUUGUUCUCUGGAGACGUAUUCUGAAUAGGUUGCUAUUAUUCGCUUUUUUAUUCAGAAAUUAUUACGGUUGUUUUGCUUUUGUUUGAAAGAGAUACAGAACAGAGGUUUUAGUACAAGGUUAAUAAAGAAACUCAAGAAGUUCUUGGAAAUUGUGAAACAAAAAGUGAAUCGAGAUUAAAUAAAUCAAACAGUGUUUUGAAUGAAUAAAUAUUAUAUAUAAUACUUAGCUAUACUACAUAAAAAAUAUGACAACUACAGCUGAAGUUAUUUCACAAACAGCAACUGCAACUAUUAACGUUAACCAUAUUAAGCCUGAUAAUAAUUAUCCAACUCAUCAUAUUCUCCCAAUGACAAUGUCUGCAACUUCUCUUAGUCCUACUAUGCAAACUUCCAACAUUUCUCAUCUGAUGUCUCAAGAGGCGCAAUCAUAUGCACAUGACGGUGAUCCUUCGAAACUGGAUGACCCUGAACGGGUAAAAAGACCAAUGAAUUCCUUUAUGGUAUGGUCUCGUGAAAAGAGAAGAAAAUUAGCUCAAGAAAAUCCUAAAAUGCAUAACAGUGAAAUAAGUAAGAGACUUGGAGCUGAAUGGAAAGUUUUAACUGAUGAGGAAAAAGCACCCUUUGUCUAUGAGGCAAAACGACUAAGGGCAGAGCACAUGAAGUCCCAUCCAGAUUACAAGUAUCGACCCAGACGCAAGACAAAGUCAUUGUCUAAGAAAACAGAAAAUAAAAUUGCUAUGCCUACUGCUGUAAUUGGUGCAGAUGGUAAACAAAUCUUUAUGUCAGCACAAUAUCCUUAUGCAAUUGCCAGUGGUAUAAAUUAUCCGGUUCCUUUUAACGGUUAUAUGUCAGCCUUAGUUAAUGGACAUGAAGCUUAUCAUGCUGGUGCUACCAUGUAUGGUAUUCCACCUGGAACAGCAAUAGCAGUUGCAAGCUUACCACAAUCAACUACUUCAUCUAGUACAACAUCUGUUACACCUGUGACUGCUGCACAAUAUAGUGUUGUUCCUGGUGGGACUACAUAUAUGUAUAGCCCAUUUUCGUCAUUUCCUUACUUAAAUGGUGCUACAAUGAGUGCCUAUAGUGCUCAAGCAGCAGCUGCAGCAGCUUACCCACAUACAGUGACUGUCAAGCAUGAGGCAGCUGUUACUACCACAGCAACAGAUAAGCCAGCAGAAGCACAAACUGUUGAAACAGCAAAAGCAACUAGUACAACUACUACAGCAACUGCAUUACCAAGUCAUUACUAUCCAAUCGGUGGAAUGUAUCCCACAGCAGUUGCUGUUGAUCAGAAUAGCAAUAUUACAGCUUAUGAUCCAAAAACGCAAUAUGCCUCAAUGGCUCUAAUCGGACAAGCAAAAAGAGUGGAAAUGCAAGGAACAAACCCCCAUCCUGCAGUUGUUAUUACAAUGCCUGAACAGCAUUCACAGAGUCCAGCUCGAAGCAUGAAUACUUCUGUGCAACAGAAUUCACCUGUUCUGGCAGUGUCUGAGUGAUAUUAUUCUUUAUAUUAUUAAGGUAUAAAUCUUUCAGGGUUGUACAUAUCAUUGUCAAUAUUAUAUUUAUGCUAAAUAUAAAAUGUAUUAUAUAAUGCUGGAAUAAGAUACUUGGAUGUAUAUCUAUGCCAUUGUUAAUUUUAUAGUUACUGUGUUGUGUAUAAUAUAUAUAUGGACCAUGCAGGUACAUAUCAGAUUUUAAAGUUAGCUGUAUAUUUUGUAUCUUUAAUGUUAGUUGUAAUAUCUUAGAAGUCUGGAUAAACUUACUUUUACAAAACAAGUUAAGCCACGGUGCUCCCAAGUCAAAAAGUAUAAACAAGUUUUAAGAUAGUGUGUAAUGUUCUUUUCGUGAUUUGUGAAAGUAUUUUUUUCCUAAAAAUUCUUUAUUUUAUCAGUUGAGAUUUUUUUUUAAUUUUAGUUUAUGAGAUUUUAUGGAAUUUAUUUUAUAUUGGGAAGUUCAAUGUACAGUGUAUUAGUCGUGCUCAGAGGUCUCUCUCGAAGAAGGAAUUUGUUUUUAUACACGCAGUGGAAUCAAUUUUAUUUUUCUUAUUAAUUUUAUUUUUAUAUUAUUCUGUAUACUUUUAAGGCGUGAUUUUUUUGGUAUGUACUUUCAGCACAAAUUAUUAUAAUUGACACUGAAUCUUUCUUGUAUCUUCAUUUCAAUGCAAGAAAAAUAAUGUUGUACGUGCAUAUGGAAAAAAAUGGCGCCUAAAAGAAAUAAAAAAAACAUUCGCUGGAGAAGAAUUUUUUUCUCGAUAAUCUUUGAUCCACGUGUGUAAGUUUGUAAAAAAUUAUAAACUUUCCCGCUUCAAAAUUUCUAUCAAUUGAGGCUUUUAAAAGUUUUGUUAAACGCAACAAUUGCUGCACUGUUUAGACAUGAAAAGAUUUUCAAUGAACAACUUUCAUAAAUCUUUUUAAUCACAACAAGAAAAUUACUCAUAAAACUCUCUAACACAAAGACAUGGGAAGCGAUGGGAGGAGACAGAUGUCUUCCUACAAAUCUAUUGGUUAAAAAUUUUAAUUAUUCACGAAGCUUAAUCAAUAAAAAGAUGAAAUUUGGAUUUUUUUUUCGAGUAAAACUCGCUUUGUUUACCAGAAACUUUCAACCAAGCGGUAUAAGUAAAGCGAACGGCGGCUUUGAAGUCCUUGUUUUGUAUUUACACAUCUGAACAGAAGACAUUUGUGAGAUAAAGAAAGGGCGUAUUAUUAAUAUGAUAAAGAAGAUAUUGUUUUCGGAGAUUAUAAGACGGGGGUACAUGUCAAAUAGUUUUAUGAGCCGAUAUUUACUUUUUAUAUGACGCAACGUUGGUCACGAAUUAUGUGCUCUCCUCUCGCCUUAAAACCUUUCAGACUGUGUACCAAAGUAAAAACCUGGAAAUCGUUAAAAUGUUAAACAUAAGUUGAAAAUAAAUUAGGUUAGCGAAUAUUUGUGGUGUGCGUUGCCAUUUUUAAGAAUCUGGUGUUUUAUUUACUUGAACAAAUUUUGGUCUUUUUUUAAACAAAGCUAUCGGGUGGAAAUUUUGUUCAUUGGUCAGGAAGAAAUCCAGUAAUUGUAUUCUUGAUUUUUUGUGGAACUUAACUUAAAUAGAAUCCAGUUAUUUGUACAAAUGUUUGUUAUGAGA